UUUCACAUAGAAAUUUAAUUAUUUAAAUAUUUAAUAAACAAUUUUGUUGGAACAGAUCCUUGAAUACCAAAUUGAAACUAAUUCGUUUUCAAUGAUCCAAUUGUUCAAUAAAUCCGAACUCUUCGAUAAUCGAACUCUUCGAUAACCGAAUUUUUGUAAAUCGAAUUUUUUCAAACACCAAACGACAGAUUAUCAUCUCAGAUACUGAUUUGGGAAUGGAAAAGUUCACAUUUUCAGGAAUGCAUCGAUUAGGCGCCGGACGCACUUCACGCGAAAUGCAAUCUCCAGGGAUUUUCGUCAAGGCCUGGAGACGUGCACGACGAAGAUAAAGCACCGGAAGACGAUAAAAGAGCUAUCGCUCGCAUGCCAGCGGAAACUGCGUUCCCGCCCUCGGCUACAAGAACAGCCCCGAAUGCAAUGACGAAUACCGAAUGUUCCCAUUCAUAUUUUCACCACGCUCAAAUAAGUCCAAUUCUCUCCCGCAAUCUUUCUCGGUCUAAUUGGCAUAGUUUCAGCCACCUUGUCGUCAAUCGUAGUUGCAGAGGUGUGUAAAGCUUCCAAACUAUUGGGAAUAUCGGUAGCGCGCGUGUGUGAAUUUAGUUUUAAUUUAAAGACGAGUUGUUUGUACAGAAUUGACGUAUAUUUCGAAUAAACUAUAUUGUAUAUCUCGUAAAGUGUUUUAAAAAACGAAAUCUAAGAGUGCGAAAUCACGGUCGCGUUGUGUGUGCGCGAGUGCAUGCGGAGUGCAGUCCACGCCAGGAUGAAGUUCACUUCAUGGAUUUUGUUGCUGUUUGUCUUCUUCUUCAGCCAAUGCAUCAUUUGUUCUUGGCAGGUGCAGCUCCGCUGUCCCGUAGUACGAUUGAAUAACGGAAAAAUUCGCGUUCGGGCCAAAGGCAGAAUCGUACGAUUCAAUUGUCUGGAUGGAUUCACUCUCGUGGGUAACAAAUAUUCCACAUGCGUACGUGGCCAGUGGGACACACCUACUCCUGUGUGCGUGAGUUCGAAAUGCUCUGCACCGCCUACACCGGCGCACUCAUUUAUGGCGCAAAAACUGAAUGGCUCAAUAUUAGUAUUCUUCUGCGAACCUGGCUAUACUCUAAUUGGUAGCUCAGAAAUUUAUUGUGAUGGACGCCAAUGGAACGUAACGAUCCCUUAUUGUCGAGGUAUGAACGCGUCCGCGCCAACGAAAUGCGAUUUCGAGAAUCCGGAUUUAUGUUGGUGGGAACAGGACCCGCUGCACGACUUCGACUGGAAACGCCAUAAUUUCGAGACACCGAGUUUACACAUCGGCACCGGGCCGACGCAUGAUCAUACUCUGGGAGCCGGAAACGAUGGACACUAUCUCUACAUCGAGGCGUCGGGCCGAUUGGUGAACGACACGGCAAGAAUCAUAUCACCCCUAUAUAACUCUUCGUUAACCGAAUCGGGGUGUUUCUCGUUCUGGUACCAUAUGUACGGUGCCACGAUCGGUUUUUUAAACAUAUAUUUCAAACAAGAGGACACUGCGUCGCAAUUGCUGUUUACUAAAAGUGGAAACCAAGGGAAUCAAUGGUUCCACGGUAUUUUCGAUCUACCGAAAAGUAAUGCUAGCUUUCAGAUUAUUAUAGAAGGAGUGAGAGGUACCAGUUACGUGAGCGAUAUCGCGAUAGAUGACGUCGCUAUUUUACAAAGGGACGAGUGCAUUGUUAAAAACGAAUCUAUUAGUGUAACCGUAAGUGAUUAUGAUCAAGUCGAAAUCGUGAAUUCGCAACAGAGUUGUCGAGACAGAUGCUUCUUUGGCGCCACGGAGAGUUCCGUUUUCUUUGACACACGAACCGGACCGGAGAGCUGCUUUUGCACAGUCGAUUGUGUGGAACGUUCUAUGUGUUGUCCAGAUUACGCUGAAUAUUGUAUAUUAGGAUACAGCAUUGCGUACACAAUACCCGACAGUGUCACUAAAGCACUGGCUAGCAAAACCACGACUGCACCGUCAAGAAACUUCACGCUGACAGGGUUCCCGAUAAAUCCAAAAGAUGAUAUCGACCCAGGCAUGCCCAACACGACCACGUCGGCGCCCAAGCGGGUGGUUACCGCGAAAACAACGAUCAAACCUCAAACCAAGAAAUUGCCACGAACAACUGUCAAACCAACGCAGCCGGAAACUAAGGAAACCCCUUUUGAGUUGAAGACAACUACAACGACAAAACGCACAGACCUUUAUGAUCAAUCUGGUCUGUACAAUCCGGAAAAGGUGAGACAGGGCGGAAGCUUUGAGAAGUUGGAGAUCAUCGUCGUAGCCGGUGCGACUUUGGUCGUGCUCUCCGUCGCGCUCGUGAUCGUCAUCAUCGUCAUCAGGAGGAGAAGAACUUACAAGAGAGGGACGAGCAGUUCAGCGCUCUCAGAGGAUAGCGACAUGCAUAGCGGCACUGUCUUCAUCAUCGUCACCGUCUGUUGCUGUUUCCUCAUGUUGAGAGCAGCGGCGGAAGAUGCUGUCCAACAGAACCAACUGUCGCCGAAUCUCGGGGGUCUCGCUAUCGAAGAUCAGGUUGAUGGUGGUGCAGUGCAUACCAGGGAAAAGAGAACGCUGUUCUUGAAGAAGAAGCUGCUCGGCGCUGGGCUCCUUGGCUUCGGCCUUGGCGUCGCGAAAGGUUAUAAAGCCGGUUACUACAGCGCGCCGGAAGUGCAUCACGUCUACCUUUCGCCGCCGCCGGUGAAAUAUGUGGAAUACGUGGAGAAGCCCGUCUACAUUGAGAAGUUCAUCCCGAAACCCGUUUAUAAACCGCACAUCGAGUACAGUGCACCAGUCUGGUCGCAACCAGACCCUUCUUAUGGGUAA